AUAUGGCCGUGGAGAACUUCACCCGGGAGUCGGGAGGAAACUCUCCCAACCAGAGCAGCUGUGAUGUGUUUGUUUACCAAAGGGCCGCGGUGGUCCUCUUCCCGGUCUUCUACUCCGUGGUCUUCGCCAUCAGUGCGUGCGGCAACAGCUUGGUGCUGUACGUUAUCUGCCAGAGGAAGCAGAAGUUCAACUCCACCUCCGUCUAUCUGGUCAACCUGGCGCUGUCCGACACCCUGUUCACCCUGGCGCUGCCCGGCAGAAUCACCUACUACAUCCGGCACUUCGACUGGCCUUUCGGUGACCUUCUCUGCAAAGUGACCACACUUCUCUUUUUCGCCAAUACAUACGCAGGUAUCGGCUUCAUGACGUGCAUCAGCCUGGACCGGUACCUGGCGAUGGUGCACCCGCACCGGCUGCAGGGCCUGCGCAGCGUGAAGGUGGUGCGCCGGGUCUGCUGCCUGGUCUGGGCCCUGGUGUCCCUGCAGAUCGCUCCCCUGCUGUUCCACAGCAUGCUGCACGAGCACCAGGGGAGGAGGACCUGCAUGGAGUACUUCAACUUUGAGGGCUCCCGCUUCACGCCGUACCUGCUGCUGCUGGCCUGCGCCGUCUCCUUCUGCUGCCCGCUGGCCGUCAUCCUGGGCUGCUACGCCAAGAUCAACCUGAAGCUCAGAGCCGCCGCCAAGCAGAACUCUGCCACUCACCGAUCGAGGAGGAGCCACAGGGCCAACACCAUCAUCCUCCUCAUCCUCCUGACCUUCAUCCUGUGCUUCAGUCCUUACCACAUCAACAUUAUGCAGUACAUGUCCAGAAAGAUUCACCACCAGCCGACCUGCGACGAGCAGAAGGCCUUCAAAGUGUCCUUGCAGAUUACAGUCUCGCUGAUGAACGUCAACUGCUGCUUGGACCCAGUCAUCUACUUCUUUGCCAUUAAGACGUACAAGAAGCGAGUGAUGAGCCUGUUUAAAGACUACCUCUACACUUCCGCCGCCUCCUCCAAGAUGACAGCUGAGAACAGCAGCAGCAACACCUGAGAGCGACCACAGCCGAGCUUCUGGGUCACACAUCCACGGAAAGUUCACCACAGCAGGCCUGCUUUUCCACGCUGAACUCAA